AUGGGAGGUGCUCCGUCGAAUUACACCGAAGACGACAUGGACUCACAGGCGCAGGCCAGAAUGAUACCUUGCCAUGACAGGAGCAGCUCCGACGAUCCCCGUGACACCAGUGCAAGAAUGCUGUCUAGCACUGCUCUCGAUCCAGCCACAGCCACGGGCAGCUCAGAAAGCCUCUUUCACACUGCCCUAGACUCGCUACCAACGCAGGGAUACAGCCAUUCCUCUUCGUCAUCGACAGCGUCAUCAUCUUUAUUUCACUCUGCUCUAUCUUCAACUCCUGUGCCGGACAUCGCUAGUAUCAAUAGCGGUGAAUCUUGCGAGAACAGCGGCGGCGGCGGCAGCAGCACCACCACCACCAACAACAACAACAGCAGCAGCAGCAGCAGCAGCAGCAGCAGCAGCAGUAGCAGCAGCAGCAACAACAACGACAGCAGCAGCAGCUGCAGUAGCGACAGAGGCAGCAGUAGUAGAUGCAGUAAACGCGGCAAGAGCUGCGGAAGUAGCGGCAACAACAGUGACAGCCGCUAUAGCAGCACUAGCAUUGUUCACACGUACCUGAAAUCAACUGGGAGCACGAAAAAUGCGGAUAAUUCAGUAUCAUCGUGUGGCGCCGUAGGCUCCCAACAGCAAGCUAUCGGAAAUCUUAUUCCGUCAAUAUCGCCCCAGCCUAACACAUCUGCUGAUGACACUCCGCACACAGCGCAAAGCAAAAGCUCCGAGUCCGCAGAAGCAAGCACCAAGGCAGGAUAUAUCCAGUCUUCUUCGGUGGAUUCAACUGGGCCUUCGACAGCCGAGUCAACUGAGCUUUCAUCGGCGGAUUCAACCAGUCUUUCAACGCUGGAUUCAAAUGAGCUUUCGUCGGCGGAUUCGAUUGAGUCUUCGACGGCGGAGUCCACUGGGCCUUCGACGCCGGAUCUCAAUGAGUUUUCAGCGGCGGAGUCACCUGGGCCUUCCACAGUGGAUUCAACGGAGCCUUCGACGGAGGAGUCACCUGCUGUACUGUCACCGAACGAUAUCGGCUUGGCCAACACGUUGUGCACAGCAGCUGGGUCGACUUCCAAUAACCAGGCUUCAGACACGACGAACGCAAACUCCACACCGGGUCCUAAUUCACCCACUGCUGGGCACGAAGUUUCUGAGUCCGCCUCGUGUCCAUCCCUGGAUGAAUUUGUGCCUGCAGCAACUUCCACGCAGAUAGGAUUUUCUUCACUAGACCACUCAGCGGAGCUAAGCUCACUGUCUCCCGUCCAUGGUGACGCUGACCCAGGCAGGCACACGCAGGCACAGAACACACAGUGUGUAGCAAAUGGGGAUAACAGUAACGCUGAUAAGUCAGGCGUGAAUACCAGUAACAGCUCAGCGAGCGACACCGGGUCUGCUAAGGACAAAGCAGCACAAGGCACCGUUCAACCGUCGUCACAUGAACUGGCGAGCAGCUCUGACAGUAGCACUGGGGCGAGCAGCUCUGACAGUAGCACGGAGACGAGCAGCAUGUUUCAUACAGCACUCGACAGCCUGCCCGCCGCCGACACGUCUGGCAGCAGCGGCAGCAGCAACGCAUCGUUCGUCACAGCUCUCACUUCACUCUCGGUUGACUCUAUUGGACUGCCCGUGGGUGCAUCAACGCAAACCUCCAGCGGAUCAGCGGCGGUCGCGCCUUCCUCCGGUAGUAGUAGUAGUAGCCGAAGUAAAAGCAACAGUAGCAGCAGCGAUGGUCCAUCUGUCACCAACGCGCAAUCGCAGAAAUCCCCUGCUAAGCCCGCCCGUCCUAGCCCAGCCAAGCCAAGGGUAGGAGGUGGUGGCGAUCAGGAGCCGUAUCAGGUAUUAACUCUUGAAGCAGAUGCGAGCGUGAUACUUACGGUUUCCGCCCCGCUAGCCAGCGUCACUAUCAUCGGCCAGCAACCAGGCCCGGGCAAGGAGGAUGCUGCUUGUGAUAGAACGGUGACAUCGCCGAAAUCACCAGGUCUCUGGGAUACUGUAAAAUCUGCGGUGAGUGGUGUUUUCCGGAAGAGCGGCAAACCAAAGCAAAGCGAUAAUGCAUCGCAGCCGCCACAGAAAAAAGGGCUGAAGAAGGCAGCAAACGGCUGGCCGAUUCUAGGUUGGCUAGUUCAGGCACUGCGGCCUCAAGGUACAUCACGUAAGGAGGAGGCUGAAGCGAAGUCCAAAGGCACACCCCAGAAAAAGGACGCUGAAGUGAAAGGGAAAGGAACACGACACGAGAAGGAAGCUGAAGCGAACGGAAAGGGCACAACACAAAUGGAAGCUGAAGGGAACGGAAAUGACACACCACAGAAAACGGAAGCGGCGGCAAAGGAGAAAGGUGCAGCACAUGAGGAGGAAGCUGAAGCGAACGGAAAGGGCGCAUCACAACAAAAGGAAGUUGUAGCCAAAGGUAUUUCGAAAAAAACAGUGGCCACAGCUGAAGUCAAGUCUGGUCGUCGCUUUUCGAGAUAUUAUCGCGUCCUGCUUCUUUUCUUUGCCUAUUUCGUCCUGCUGUUGUUACUGCAGCACUUCGUCUUGGGAGAGAGCAUGGGACAGUAUACACCAUUGCAUGCACUGCUCGCGACUAUAUUUGGAUAUCUGAUCUCGAAAUUCUAG